AUGUCUGAAUCCACUGAGAAACAGGAACAAGUAUCCGCUGAACCUCAUUUAGCAAAAGAUUCCAAAUCAAAACAACAAUCAAUAGCAGCAACGAAAAGAAAACAAUAUCGUGAAGAUAAAUCUCAAAUACGAAAACAAGCUAGAUUUGAAGUAUCAACCACUCCAGAACUUGAACAAAGUGAUUCAUCAACAACAACUACAACGAUUACCGAGUUACCGAAAAAGAGAUAUUAUCGUCAAAGAGCUCAUUCAAACCCAUUUUCAGAUCAUAGGUUAGAAUACCCUAAAAGUCCUGAAUCAAUGGAUUGGUCAAAAUUAUAUCCUAAACAAUAUGAUAUUAGUAAAGUUGAAAUUGCUGAUAUUGGAUGUGGGUAUGGAGGAUUAAUGAUUAAAUUAGGUCCUCAAUUCCCCAAAUCAUUGAUUUUGGGAUUAGAAAUUAGAGUUCAAGUGACACAAUAUGUGGAAGAUCGUAUUAUUGCAUUAAGAAAGAAUCAAGAAAUUAUAAACAGCAAUAAAAAGGAAAGUGGUGAUUAUAGUUAUCAAAACAUUGCGGUGUUGAGAGGUAAUGCCAUGAAGUUUUUACCAAAUUUCUUUGUUAAAGGACAAUUAUCAAAAAUGUUCUUUUGUUUCCCUGAUCCUCAUUUUAAACAACGUAAACAUAAAGCAAGAAUUAUAACAAAUACUUUACUAAGUGAAUAUGCAUAUGUAUUGAGAGAAGGUGGGGUGGUUUAUACCAUUACUGACGUUGAAGAUUUACAUAAUUGGAUGGUUAAACAUUUGGAUGAACAUCCAUUAUUUGAGAGAUUAAGUAAAGAAUGGGAAGAUCAAGAUAAAUGUGUUGAGAUAAUGUAUAAUGCGACUGAGGAAGGACAAAAAGUGACUCGUAAUAAAGGUUCAAAAUGGGUAGCAUGUUAUAAGAGAUUGCCAAAUCCAGAUGAUUGUGAAUAG